AUGCCCUCUGCAAUCCCGCCCCGGACGAGGCCCGUUGCCACUGUCCACCAUGAAACCCUUUCGCUUUCGGAUGCCUUGUACAAUCACCUUGUCCUGCCUCCCAAGCUACCACAUCGUCGGGAUCCGAACCUGAACGAGAUCGAGGUCGAUGUGAUCAAUCGCCUCAUUGCCUGUGUCAAGCAUAUCCGAGACCUGCCCGACAACGACUUCCAUUCUACUUGGAACGCUAUCGAGCGUGGACUCCAGGCCACCAGGAUUAUUCAUUCAAGCGGCCAUGUCGACAGAGACGUGCUUUCUAGAGAGCUGAAUGGCCUCGGAGAGGCUGAUUUUGUUGUUGUUCAUGUCCAUGCACAGAACUGUGCUCUGUUCAUUCGUCGAGCAGAAGACCCUGUUCUUGGUUCUUCACUUGUGUUCGAAGCAUUUGAGACCUCUGCCCGAAACGAAGAUGUUUUGGCGACCGACAAUGCCCUCAAGUGGCAGUUCCCUGGAUGUGCUGUCGCCGUUCCGCUCGCCACCGCUCAAGAAACCGGAUUUGUCUCAAACCUAGCCAGCUUCCUCGACAGUGCAUCCCGAGAGUCACUCAUGGACUUCUCAGCGCUUGCACUCAAGGCUGGCACCACCAUUGCCGAAACCCGCAACACUUCCGAGCCUGCGUUGAUCUCCUCCAUGUUGAUGGCCAUCCUCCAAGAGAACGGCCGCCGACUGACUCCAGUCUUGUUGCAAAAGAUGGUCCGGGAUGAUGUAUGCUGGAAAAACGCUGAAAAACCGUGGAAGAGACUUCCUUUCUGGCUUGUCUUGCGUGUCGCCGUAUCACGCUACCUCGCCCAGCAGCUUGGGGGUGAGCUUGGUCGAGUCGAGUACAAGUUCAUGAUGGCGCAUCUCUUCAGCGAAUUCCUCAGUCAUGUUCAGCACUCUGGUGUCCAAAUCGAGCGCCUGGACUUUCUCAAGAAGAAGAUUUGCCGACGUCUUGUCAAACUUGAUGUCGACAAGGAUCGCUCCCAAGAUCGUCAAGUCGUCCAGAGGAUUGAGUACCUGUUUCUGCAUCUCAGCCCCGGAAUCCAGCACUCGGUAUCCAAGGCUACUGCCUUCACUGAUGCUUCUUGGAGUCGACAGAAGCUGGCCAUGACCAAAACCAUUCCCCCGGUUCCGAGGCAAGCAUCCCCUAGUGAUUUGAGGUUCGACCUCAAAGUCAGCGGCGGACAACUGUACAGCAUUCGGAAGGGAUGGAAAAAGCCUGUACACCGUCGCGAGGAUAGGAAUGGCACCCUGAGCAUUGCCGAAGCUGCCAAAAUGCACUUGGGUACCUUCUCUCAUCGUCACCACAAACUGAUCAAGAUGGAAACGAAUCUGGCGAGAUUCUGCAUCGAGUUCAAGGACUCGCCACAUUCAACAAUCCACACAGCAAGCGGACACAUUCACGGCUAUCUCGGCCACGCCAAUGAAGUGUACAACGGCAUGCCUGAACUCAAAAGCACCAUGAUUCUGAACGUCAUGGAUCUCUGGGUGAGCAUGGAUGAAGCAAGCUGCAGGCUUUACCCUCUUUUGAAAGAGUUCCACCCCGUCUUCCGCCCCGAGAUGUUUGACGUCCUGCUCAUCUCGAACUUUGAGGACAUGAAGCGCCUCCAGAAGAUCCAAGUCUACAUUCAGAAUCGCAUCAUGUCAUGUGAGGGCUCAGCAAUGACCAUCUUCGAUGACCCCGUUCGUGGGUCUUUUGGCCAUCGUGCGUACGACGAUUCUGCAAUCUCCGAGCAGCUUCAGAAUCUACAUGAGUCAAUCGAGAAUUGGGCCACCAAGAUCCGCGACGAGAAAGAAGAAGAGUGGAAGAAAAAGAGCAACGAAUAUGCUCAACUCUCACAGCGUAUUGAUGAGAGUAGCUGCGUCUACUUAGUCGACGACGACAGCCCUCUCGGACGCGGUAUCCACGAUCCUCACUGCGCUCGGUGCUUCAUGGUGAGGCAACUCAGAAGGAUCAAGAUUCAGGGGUACGAACAUCCGCUGCCAUCCGACCCCUACGUUGCUAGGGCGGUUAUCUUCGAGCUGGCUUGCCCUCAAAGCUUUGCAACCUACCGAGAUGCGACAUGGACGGCGAUAUCGCGCCUAACCCUCUCACCCCUUGAAGAAGGUGUUGAACCCAAGUGUCGGCUCAGGGAGUAUCAGCAGUUGCAACGAUUUGCCAACGAAACGACAAUGAGAUGCUCUCUGGCGUCUGUCACAAAGCCUUUUUUCAUGACACAUUACACCGAAAUGGCGUUUCCUGUCGAGUGGGAUAACGGAAGAAAUGGCGUGUGCCGCCCAAACGGCUUGAAACUCACCUACCAUGACAGUCUGUCGAAGAAGUGGCCUGGCCGCCGAUCACAUCUCAGCGUCUUGCAUCAAGUCAAGCUGCAAAUCCCCAGCUCGUCACCAUUCGCUCCGAUCCUUCAGGACAACAUCUUCUUGAAGAACAUAUACGGCCCUUCAUCGUACGAGAUCAUGUCAACGGCAUCCAGAUGCCCACAGGGCAUCAACGUUCAUGAGUAUCUAGCAUUCCAAACGAUCGCUUCCGGGAAAUCCAGGCGAUGGCUAUCCAUUCUCACCGAACUGGGCUCCGCCAACCUCAACUUUUCCAACGAAGCAACAAUGCUGCUCCUGAGCCACAUAGCUUUUCAGUGUGGACCUUUUGAUGCUUCCCAAGACGUCUUUAGGCUCAUCCAUGCGGUUUUUCGUGACCCAGGCUUCUGCGACGCUCUGAUUCAACAGCUUGCUAGCCGCCUGGACAGUCUCUCGGCCAAUUGGAGAGAGACCUAUUUGAUGGAAACGAUCAUCACGUUGACGCUACGUCUAAUUGAUUUCACAUGGGCUGCCAAGAUGGAAGAAACCUCCGAGAAAGCUAUCUCUCUGCUUUUGCGGGCUCGUGGAACUUGUGUGCGCUGGUUCAAGCUGCUUCGUGCGGAGUCGUACAAAGUCACUGAGACCGAACUCGCGCAGAGAUUCCAGCAAUACGCUCUGUGGGCAGCUCUUUUGUGCAAGAGAACAUUCACUCAUUUGACAUACCGUCCUGCGGACUUGGAUGACACCUCACUGGAGGUUUUCAUUCAGAGUAGCAUCACAGUGCACGACAACCUCGUUGUCAAAUUGGAGGCCUUGCCUGAAUUGCUCCAGCACGCCGUCAUUCGAGACAUGAGACUUUCAUACCAGCUCUCCCCCCUGGUUUCCGAGUCCAUAAUGCAGAAGACGGAUAUUUUCCGACGCUCCUUGCAAGAGAUGUGGCCAGAGGAAGAGGGUUGCGCUCGAGUGUUCCGGGAUGUGAAACUUGAGGCACCACAUUGGAUUUCUUGUCUCUCGAUAUCUGGGGACGAGGCUUUUGUGCAGGAAGUCCAUUACAACAUUACUGAGGGUCUCUUGAUGGUCGAUUACCGGCCCAUGGGCAAACUCCCGAAAGACCCCAAAACCUCUCUCAUCCUGAACGAACUGUUCGGAAAUCAGUCUUUGUUGACGUUCCCAUCAGAAAGGCCUAGGAUGCAAUAUACACUCUGUGUGAGGCCUCAUGGCUUUCAAGUGCACGUCGGGUUUGACCAAAGUGGCGAGUUGAUUGUAAGGGCUUUCAGAAAGCCAUACUCACUGCAGUUGAUACCAAGGGAGACGUUCCGAAAUGGACAGUACUGGGAUUUGCCGGGUCCUCUUCUCCAAGGGUCAUUCCAUUGGCUGAAUCUCAACAAUGGGGAACUUCUCAUCACCAAGAGCCAUCAGCCCUGGCCCGAAUUCCCCGCUCGGUGGUACACUCUGAGUCUCAGUGACCAGACCUGCACCAUGGCACGGAAAGGGCUAGGGAUCUACGAAAGGGACAGUAUUGUGAACCCGUACAGUCCGCUGUUCAACCGCAUAGCCGGGAUCUUUGGUUGCUUUGAGCCUCGAGAGCAUAUCCUUGUUCGCCAACCGGGAGGAGGCAAGAACCUGCAGGUCGAGCUGCCACGGCUCAACAUCAUGUUCUUUGUCAACAAGAACCGUCUACUCCAGUCACCCCAGCUUCAAUGCCAGGUCGACACGAAUCAGGAUGCUGGAACUUGGUAUGGUCUGAGAAGUAAGCUGGUGUGCACGAGCGAUAUCAAUCCCAUGCACAGAUCUAUCCUAGUUCCUCUUGGGACCUUGUUUGCCGCUUCGGAUGGCUGUCACGUCACUGUCAGGAUUGAGUCCAAUGGGAAGUAUGGAAAAUUCACCAUCAACCAAGCAUUGGGAAGAAUCGACUGCGCCCCAGAACCGACGCUGGUUUUCAUGAAGGCUCUCCUCCAUGCAUCGACAUCUUUCCUGCUUCCCGAUCCACUGACAGGUCGUACGGGAACCGAGGAGGCCAUCCAGUGGCUUCAGGCAGGUAUCUCGCAGCCUUGGUCGCCCUUGGGCCCUCCUCCGCUGGAGUUUUUGGCGAGGAUUGCGCAACUUACGCCCAGGAGAGUCUACUACCCCCUUGACCUCAAAGUCAUGCGAACGGACACCUGGAUUGAAUCGUUGCCAAGCACUCUCCAGCGAUCAGAGUUCAGACCGAUCGUCGACCAGAUACUCCAGGGAUCUACAACGUUGGCCAUAUUUACAACAAAGGACCAGGCCGCCAUAGAGCCUCCUCAAUUACCCGACUACGGGGAGCCACAUCUUCAUGCCCGGGCAAUAUUCCGCCAGCAAGCUGUUGAGAGGUAUCUUGGAGACGCAUCUGAUCGUCCAGUGCCUGACAACAAGGAGUACCAAUCUCGAGAUCGCCCUUCUACGACGAAUAUAGCCCAUCGAAAUGUGUUGGAAGCGACGCAUCUGGUUCGGCAAUGGCCCCAAAACAUGAGAACCGCAGACAACUUGGCCCAGAUGCUGGCUCAGGGCGGCGUAGUUGGUGGCUUUGAAGCGCCUUUCCAAGCGGCGUCUCUCAGUGACAAACUGAAAGUUGACAUCUUACAGCACUGGGGUUCUCUUGUUCGGUUCGCGCGGGACGCGACGGAUCGCUACCGCCUGAUGUUUCUCCUUGGGCCCAUGUCAUUCCGGGCCGAUGCCAACAUGCCCCUACUGCGAGCUAUCAUUGCAUUUGCAGUCUUCGGGGAACUCAAGGACCUCGACCUCCCUCCAUGGGAAGAAUUCUGUCAUUUCCAGCCCAAUCAAGUACCACAGCUGGACUAUCUACUGCAAUUGCUGAAGCCCUUCAGAGCACCCCCACCAACAAGUGACACACAGGCGCUCGAGGAGUUUUCGAGUGCCAAACUCAGGAGAAAGUUGCAGCUCGAGCGAUGCAAGCAUGAGACUAGAGUCGAGGAAGACUGCAAGCUGUUCGCGAACCACCUCUUGUCUCAGUGGCCCUGCCUGGAGCCGACUGUAAGUGGCCUGUCUCAGUCAGUUCUCCUCGACAUCGGCGCCGCCUUGGAGGUUAUCCGCCCGGAAUGGAAACGACUAUUCAUGAACAGAGAUCUGGCAGAACACCUCCAAGCCGUUCAGGAGAUUCUUGACCGAAAGUCCUCUGAAGAUCGGUAUGAACCACCUUCAACUGUGCCCUCUGACGAUUCUUUUGCUGUAAGAAUCCGUGGAAACGAAAGCGUCGAUCUCCAGCAGUUGCUGGCUAAACCCUACAUUGUCAUCAAUGAGGCCGUCCCCGAGCCCACGAAAGGAACGCUUGGCUCUACUGAACGUCCAUUUUUGACUACGAAAGACUUCCCUCAACCCCCCGGUGCUUUUAGUGCUUUCGGUGCUUUCGCAUGGCUGAACGGUAGAGGCUCAGCAAGUGCCCCCUCACACAUGUUUGGAACUAGAGGUCCCAAGCGCGACAUCACGGUUUUCCCUACGGACAAGGUUGUGACAGAGUCUGUGAUGAAACUGGAGGCCAUAUCAACUCGGCUGGGAGCCUCCAAAUCGGCAGUCAGACGUCGAUAUGCGGCAGACUUUCAGAACAGCCUCGACGCCUUUCGGCGUCUCGACUCCCCCACGAGCACAACCACGGUCUCCCUGCAAACUCGCGAGGAAUCUAUAAAGCUCAAAUCUGAGAACGUUGAAGCAAACUUCCGGAAGAUCGUGUCAGCACUCAAUGCAGAAGGUCCAACAUGCUCAGUGAGGCGGAUUCGUUGGCUCAAGGCUGGUGGCCAAUGGCCGAUCGUGACCAAGGCGACUGUCCUGGGUAAGAUUAGUUCUAUUGCGUCUCAGAAGGCAUUUGGCAGUGGAAUGCGUGAUGCGAUUGUCGACUUCGGUGUCGAAAUCACGAAAAUGCAAAGGGAGAUUCGUCUCCACGACCUUGCGCUGAAGAACAUGUCGGGUCGGUAUCAAGAAGAGCUCUCCAACCAGGGUCAUUCGAACUGGAGCCCAGAGGAAUACCCAGACUGGCUGCUCCUUGAGAUCGAGUCCAAUUUGAUGAUUCGGCCAGUUCAGAUUGAUGUUGCGUUGGCCACCAUAUCCCCUGAGUCUGGAUCAAACUCGGUGUUGCAGAUGAACAUGGGUCAAGGAAAAACCUCUUGCAUCAUCCCCAUGGCUGCAGCUGCCCUUGCCAACAGAAAGCAGCUAGUUCGGGUCAUAGUUCCCAAAGCACUGCUCCAGCAGACUGCGCAGCUACUUCAAGCCAGGCUUGGUGGCAUCCUGGGACGCAGCAUUCGUCAUGUCCCUUUCUCGCGCCGGACGCCAACAACUGAGACAAACAUUCGAGCUUUUCUCUCAAUUCAUAAAGAGAUGCUCAAAUCUGCUGGCGUGAUGAUCUGCCAACCUGAGCACAACAUGUCGUUCAUGCUCAGCGGACAACAGCGACUUUUGGACGAGAAGCCACUGCAGGCAGGGCCUAUGAUCAAAGUUCAGGAAUGGCUCACAAAGCAUUCACGAGACAUUUUGGACGAGUCUGACUACACUCUAGCUGUGAGGACCCAACUCAUCUACCCAUCAGGAUCCCAGAUGACAGUGGAUGGACACCCGCACCGCUGGCUGGUUGCUGAAGCGGUACUGCGACUCGUGGAUGGUCACCUUUCAGACCUUCCUUACGACUUUCCGCACUCGAUCAAUGUCAUGAGGCGUCAAGGAGGCGGAUUUCCUUUUGUCUUUUUUCUUCGACAAGACGUUGAGGAUGAGCUUGUUCGCCGGCUGACCAAAGACAUCUGCGAAGGGGCAGGUGGAAUCCUUCCGCUCGCCGAACAAGCCAUGGCAGCCAAAGACAGGGUGGCCGUGAAAGACUUCAUCACGUCUGCAAGGCCACGGCCUGCCAGCGUCGAGCGAGUUCGGGGCAUGUGCCCAGAUAAACCAAGCUUGAGGCAGACAGUCUACCUCCUUCGAGGACUUCUUGUUAACCGGAUACUCAUGAUGACGCUGAAGAAGCGAUGGAACGUUGAGUACGGACUCCAUCCGAGAAGAGACCCUAUCGCAGUUCCCUUCCACGCCAAGGGAGUGCCAAGCGACCAAUCUGAAUGGGGUCACCCUGAUGUUGCCAUUCUUUUCACCUGUCUCGCGUUCUACUAUGACGGGAUAAACCCUGCGCAACUCCGACAAUGUCUGGAACACAUUCUCAAAUCUGACGAUCCAGCGACCGAGUACGAUGCUUGGACCAAGAGUUCUGAAGGCUUCCCGUCGUCAAUGAAAGCCUGGAACUCGAUCAAUGUGGAUGACGACAUGCAGCUGAGGGAGAUUUGGAAGGCAGUUCGGUACAACAACGUGGUUAUCGACUACUUCUUGAACAACUUUGUCUUCCCCCGACAUGCAAAGCAGUUUGAGGUGAAGCUGCAGUCCAACGGGUGGGACAUUCCCUUGUCACCUCUGGGUGAUACAAUAAUGCAGGGCAGACCCUCGGGUUUGAACAAGCCUCUGAGUACCGGCUUCAGCGGCACAAAUGACAAUCGAACGAUGCUUCCACUGAACAUUCAGCAGCAGGAUCUGUCAAGUCUCCACCACACGAGCGCUGAGGUUCUGAGCUAUCUCCUUCAUACGAGAAACCGACACUGCAUCUUGCCAAUAGAUGUGCGAACCUCGCAAUAUGGAAGAGCCUCAGAACUAGACUUGCUUCACUACCUGAAACGCAUGCAAAUUCGUGUCUUGAUUGAUGCGGGUGCUCAGAUUCUAGAAAUGGACAACUUUACCCUGGCUCAACAAUGGCUGAGAAUCGAUCAAACGGUUCGGGCGGCGUUGUACUUUGACGAAGAGAACAAGCCGUGGAUUCUGACCCAAGAGGGACGACGAACACCUCUACUGGCGUCCCCAUUCGCAGAUGACCUCAGCCAAUGCUUGGUAUAUCUAGACGAGGCGCACACUCGAGGAACUGAUUUGAGGUUGCCGCCCCUUGCCCGUGGUGCUCUCACUCUGCGAUUAGGACAGACAAAGGACCACACAGUCCAAGCUGCGAUGCGUCUGCGUCAACUCGGAACCACACAGUCUGUCAGCUUCUUUAUUCCCCCAGAAGUCCAUCAGAGCAUCGCGGACCUACAGCACAAGACGAUGCAUGAACCCAUUGAUUCAUCUGACGUCAUCCAAUGGCUUCUCGAUAAUACGUGCGACAACAUUGAGCAAUUACAGCCGCUGUACUUUGCUCAAGGCAUGGAUUUCUGCCGCAGAAUGCAAGCUGCAAUCAACCAUCCCGACUUCUUGACCGACAAGUCGCAACGAAAAGCCUACGUCCAAGCCAUCAAGCAGGAUGAGCAGCAGACGCUGCAACAUCUCUACGAGCCAAAGCUCAAGAGCCGUGCGACUGGAGUGCAAACUUCAAACAACGAUACCCUCAAGCAGUUCAUUAGCGAGCUCAACACCCGACGCAAGGCAUUCCAGGACACAGGCAAGGCUGUACACGCAUCUGCCCUGCAAGAAGUAGAGCAGGAACGGGAGGUCGCCUUUGAAGUAGAGUCGGUGAGACAAGUCAAGAAGCCGCAUCACUAUGCCGCCUACUCGUUUCCCGGUCUUAAUGCCAGUCUCGAGGCAUUUGCGCGAACUGGAAGACUUCCCCCUGACUCGCAUUACUUCAAUCACAUCUUCCAUGCCCUUUCUCGGACUGGUAUUGGCCGCAAGUUCAAGGUUUCUUCCAAGGCCACCAAGUCGAAGCUGCUUGAGACCGUCGAGUUCAGCCGAACCAUUAAGCUUCAAGGAGAGCUUUCCAAUGACAAUUUCAUACGCCCCGUCAACUGGGUUCUCUGGAGCCCUGCCGCUGAAAUUGCCGUCAUCAUUAUCCCUGAGGAAGCAGAAGCUCUGAUCCCCCUCAUGAGAGACCCCGACCUAAAGGUCGCGACACACCUUCUCAUCUACGCGGCGCCCAUUACCAGAAAGAUGCUGCAUUUCAACCAUCUCAAGUUCUACAACAUCCCGUCACUGCCUUCGGAUUGGUGCGCGCCGACCUGGCUCCAGGUUGAACUUGGCUUGUACUCGGGUCGACUCUACUUUGAAUGGGGGGAAUACGAGCAGAUGUGCUCAUUGCUUGGAAUUCAAGAAGGCCCCGGCCUUCUUGAAGAGCCCGGUCUGGACAUGAUGGUGGAUGGUGCCGCCGAUGAGGCUCUCGCCCGAGAUGGAAUCCAGGCCCAAGUCCAAGGCGAAACUCAAGUGCACAAGGACCCGACUACUGAGGACAACAAGCUGGCUCAAAACCCCCUAACCUUCCUACAAGAGUGGCUCGCACUCCGCCGACGAGGCCAAGACUUUGCGCACAGCCCAAUGGGAUUCGUCAGUCAAGGCAAGCGGCUUCGAGAGGACCACGUCUUCUUCAGCCAAGUCGAGCAAGUCGCCGAGGGUCAAAACGAGGCCCUCGUCCAGCCCGUCAUGCGUGAAUCGAUGGACAACAAUGAACGCAGAGACGAUGGCUACUAUGGAGUCGAUGACAUGGGCGCCAACGAGGCUGGAGAUGGUAAUUGCAGUGAUGAUGACAUUGAGUACGACGAAUCCGAGUACGCCAAUAGCCGGCUUCCUGAUGGUUCAGACGCCGACAGCAGUGGCUAA